GAUUCCCCCUGUCGGCUCGUUGUUGGCCUGUCUCCCCAUCUGGUAAGCCGUGUAAAGUCGUAUGGUGGUUGUGCCCUUGGCCACCGGCGAUUUUUACCAGGAAACCAAAAUCAUUGUAACAAUAUUCACCGUAAGACAGUGCUUGUGGAAGAGAUAAUUCAAUGGACGUAUAAAAUUGUGAAAAUCUAGAGUUGGAGUGGACUUGUCGCAGUAAAAACCUCCACAGUUGGGCUGUGUACCACGUAGACCGGUCGACAGCUGACCUAGUUUGUUGGCAAGCUAGUCAACACGAGGAGCACCUAAAACCUGCCAGCUGACACACAAAAUGGAGGCCGACCCACUCAUGGUGAAUGAUUGUAUAAAUGACUUCGACUUAGACCAGUUUGUCGAACGUUCGGCUGUGAUUAAACAAGAGACACUUGAUAGGCUCGACUUCAGUGAUUGUUGCAAUGGCGGAGCGAAAUCCCCGGCCACGGCUUCGGAGUCCGACUCGACCGCACCCUCCAUAUGUAGUGUGCCCCAGUCCCCAAGUUGUUUCAGCAGCAGUAGUUGUAGCAGCGUUCCUCCCAGUCCCACGGAGUCCAAAAACCUGUACGAUGACAUUGGUUGGCUCACCCAGAGUGUAUCCUUCAACUCGGCAAGCAUGGAGGGGGUCUCUGAGGCAGUUGACGUAUUGAUUUCUAGCAGCCCAGAGUUUGUGAACAAUUUUACCAAGUACUUGGUAUCUGGGGCCGAGGCUGGCAAGGAGUCGCUCCCUAGUUCUCCACCCGCCCAGGGCAGCCUUACAACCAAAGUACCCACCCUCAAACGUAAUAGAAGCAGUAACAAGAAGAAAAUGGACGACGAAGAGUUGGUUACUCUGCCUGUGAGAGAGCUGAACCGGCGACUUCAGGGGCUACCAAAGGAUGACGUUGUGAAAUUAAAACAGAAAAGAAGAACCUUGAAAAAUCGAGGAUAUGCUCAAAAUUGCCGUUCAAAACGCAUGCAGCAGAGACAAGACUUAGAAGUCACUAACCGUUCUCUUGAAAAAGAAUUGAAACAACUUCAGAGGCAGCUGUCAAACCUGACACGAGAGAGGGAUUUAUAUAAACAACAGUACGAGUUUCUCAGGGUGAAAUGUAGCUUGGCUGUUAGCAAAAAUACCAGGAAUCACGACUUGGAUGGGUCAGUGUCUAGCUAUGCUCCAAGUUCUCCAGACAGUGAUUGAAAGACUGGUAAUUAAUACUGUUUACCAACAUACACAUUCUUGAUACAUUCUACACAUUGUUAUCUCAGUUACAUCAAUCAGUGGAGUAUAGAUAUUAUCAUAUUAUAUAAGUCAUGAUCUAUAGAAAAUCACUAUCAAAUAGAAAGUUUCGGGGAAAUUUAACCAUCUUAUAACUAUUUAGUUUAUAUGAGACCCAACUUGAUCAUGUACUAUGUUUAUCACUAGACAAGAGAUGAAAUACCACUAUGAUGGUUGAACUAAUAUUGCCAUUUGAUUUUGUUUGUAAUAUAAUGUACAGAUGAAGAUUUGUGUACAUAUAUAACCAUGGUCUAACUUUCCUUAGUGGGUAUGAUUCAAUUGCCAAUGUAGAUAUAUUUUUGCAAGAAAAAAAAUACAAAAAAUGCAUAGUACUGUAGCAUGACUUAAAAAGUAUUUAAGUAACAAUAAUGGUUAAAUGUAAAAUUUUAUCUGCUUUGAAUAUUGCAAUAUCACUGGAACAUAGAAGUGCAUAAGGGAUCAAUAUAUUUGUCAGUCCCCCCUCCCCCUUGUUCUGAUUGUAUGUGGAGGGUUUUUCAUAAGCGCUUGUUAUAUAUAAAGUAGCAUGUUUGGGUGUAAAAGUUGUUUCCUUGCUGCAACAUCCCAUUUAAUGUAGCGUGCAUGCAGAGCAUUUAUAUGGUAUCACAUGUUGCCAAGCAGUCCCCCUGUAGAAGGCCCCCCCUUCAAGCUCUCUACACUACUGCAGGGGUACCAUGUGGGGUAAUCAUGAUGAUUAUCAUCACUGCUAAUUAAAAUAGAUUCCCCUGAGUGGCCUCUUGAUGUUAAUUAAUAUGAGCACCACAUAGUUACUGGUAAUAGUUUUCCCUGAAGCAGCAUGAAUGACUGUAAGGAAUGGGGCACCGAUAGGGGUGUUCACAGGUAGAGUAGGACGCAUGUUAGGGGGCACCAUAAGGGGUAAUAUUACAGUUUGCUGUUUAUGCAUUUCAUUUAUUUGUGGGGGGAUUGACCAAGUCUGAUCCUAGUUGCACUGUUAAACUAACCUAAGGCGACUGACUAUUCCACGGUAACCAUGACAGCUAUACAUUUGUUUGGAAGUAUUAAAUCAUUAACAUAUUGUCUGAUUUAAGAUAUUCCUCCAAAAAGAUAAAAACUCAUUGAAUGAAUGCAUCAUUGAAAUGUUUUGUCUGAAAUAGUAGAAUAAUUUAUCUUUUAUUUCAAAAAAUGAUAUUGCAUGAUUCACUUUUUGUGAUCAAAACAAAAGUGUGAACUGUUUUGUUAUUGUUGAUGUUCAUCAUAAAUCCAGUAGGUUAUUACUUACAGAUCUAGUUUAUCAUGCUGGGGAUAUUUCUCGGAAUGGAAUGUGAGGUCGCAGCGUGCAAUCAUAGAAUGUUAGCCAAUGGAGAUUUUAAGAAUAUUUUAAACUUUUUUUUUUUGAAUGAGAGAAAAGGUUAUGUCACUUCAUCAAUUGUAAAUAGUUGUAUAUUUAGCCCCUUUUCCCCUCCCCUCCCAAAUGUUUGAACUGAAAGGUACCCACUGCAAGGGCAACUAUACUUAGUAUAAACCAGUGCGGUACCCCAGGUUGAUGAAUACAAUGAUCUGUGAUACAAGAAGUUGACAAAAUUGUUUGUGAGCGAGACACACAAGUCUUAACUUUUUACAAGUUAUGAUGAAAAGAGACGUGUCUUAAUGAUAUGUCUUGGUACACCGAAUUUGCAAGUCGUGGAGUUAAAACUACUAAGAAACUAUCCCCUUGUUACUUGUAGGGUAAAGAUAGAUUAAACUUAGAAGUUAUAUUAUACACUUUGUGUAUAUUACCGGAUGGAGUUAUGUGUGAAAUACUUUGUAUACAUUGUUCAUGUUGUAUACAAAUUUAUCUUUUUUUUUGCGUUUCUUUUUUUUUCUGUUGGAAUUUGUUAUGCGAGUAUAUAUGCAGACUAGUGUAUAUGCCGAUUUAGUGUAUAAUAAGUGUAUGUCCAGAAUGUGUUUACUUAUGUAAAUGUGAUAAAAAAUGUAUAAAAAAAAGUUUUAAAAAUGGGCUUCAACAACCAAAAAACUUUUAAAAAAUCUUGAAUUUUUUUCUCAUUUGGGAGAAAAAUCAAGGCCAAAAAAAUAGAAAAAAAUGUAUAUAUAUAAAUAUAUGGAAAAAAAAAAGUAUGAAAAAAAAAUUGUAACCUUCCAGCUUGACCAAUCACCUGCAAUGUCUUGUAUGUGGGAGGUGUUGCGAGUCGAGCUCCUGACUUUGCCAGUUACCAUUUAAUGACCUGAUCGGACAUGACAUGUAUAAUAACUUGUUGAAGACCGGACAUAGUUACCUGUCAUGUUUUGUAACUGGUCUCGGACUUGACAGUUAUCUCUCUUGUUUGUUAAGACUGAAUUGUUGUACAGUAAAGCAGUUAGUGUAAAAGGUAGCACGAGUGAUGGUAGAAAGAAGGGUACAUAAUCUUAUGUAUACGCACAACAGUCAUAUGUCCACUCGAUACAGCCAUAAAUAUAGUGCUUAAGAAUGUUAAUCCAAUUGUGAUAAUUUGUUGUGUUUUUAAUGUUGUUAUGGAAGUUGUUUUACAGAAGGUGUGUAGAUUGUUAUUGCUGGCGUGAUACAUGUACCACUAGCUGUUAAAUAUUUCUGUUUUCUGUUUUAAUAGUCCUUUUUAAUUGAUGAAACAUUACAAAUGUCAUGUAUACACUGGAGUACUAACCAUCAAUAUUGUGCUAAUCCGAGUAAUCGCUGUGAGGCACAAAGGCAAUAUGUCGUUCUUAAUUCAACAGUUGGAUGUUAGAGAAGUGCCCCUGUCUAAUUACCCACAAUACACAGGUCCAAGUUGUACCAUAUGGAGAUUAUUUUUGUAUGUUACUAGCCUAGUGAUUUGUUGAUGCAUUUGUAAAGGGCCUUGUGAUUGGUUGGUUCAUAUCUCAAAUCAGUCUCUCCAUCCAUAUGUCUACUUAACUUUAAUUGACCUUAAUUACCAAUGUAAGGUCAGAGGGCACAUCAGAUAGAUGUUUGAUGGAAUAAUUGUUUUUAACCUAGGGAGGAUGGGAGAAAGUGUGUAUACCAUACAUGAUUGCAGGAGAGAGUGGAUUGCCAGACAGAAUGAAAGGAAGAUCUGACAGUUUGUUUUUUAUCUGUGCUGUACUAUGGAAUGUACUGGAGCGUGUUGGGCCAGUUUGUGAUAUUUGAUACUGGUUAUAGCAAGGUGUACAUGCCUCAGCUAGCUAUCUGCUUUACUGUACCAAUGUACACCAGUCUUGGAUGAUGUUUGUCCUCAUCAACAAAUAAAAUGCAUGAAAAACGCAUUUAAUAAACCUC